AUGGGAAGGAACUCGGCAGAGAGAAGACAACCCCCUAAACUGCAAGUACUCUGUGCCUUCUGGGCGUCUUUGUUCUGCCGGACGCUUUCCGAGCACAUCAGCUACUCAAUUCCUGAGGAGAUGGCGAAAGGAUCGGUGGUGGGGAACCUCGCCAAGGAUCUUGGGCUGGAGGUCCAGGACUUGCCGACUCGGAAGCUGCGGGUGAGUGCAGAGAGGGAAUACUUUAGCGUGAGCAAGGAGAGCGGGGAAUUAUUGGUCAGCGACAGAAUAGAUCGGGAGGAGAUAUGUAAGGAAAGAACAGUAUGUGAACUACAGUUGGAAGCUAUGGUUGAAAAUCCCUUAAAUAUUUUUCACAUCACUGUGGCGAUUGAGGAUAUUAAUGAUCAUGCUCCACAAUUCAGUCAGAAUGAAAUAAAUUUAGAAAUUAUUGAGUCCACUUUGCCAGGUGCGAGAUGGAUUCUUGAAUCAGCCAAUGAUCCCGAUAUAACUGUCUAUUCACUCAACAAUUACUAUCUAAGUAUUGGCCAAUAUUUCUCAUUGGUGGUAAGAGAAAAUCCAGGUGGUGGAAAAUACCCAGAAUUAGUAUUGGAGAAACCUCUCGAUCGAGAAAUGCAAAGUUCUCAUUAUUUGGUUCUAACAGCUAUGGAUGGGGGAGAUCCUCCUCGCAGUGGCACCACUCAAAUCAAGAUAAAUGUCACCGAUGCCAAUGAUAAUCCACCAGUCUUCAGUCAGGGCCUCUAUAGAGCUAAUCUACUGGAGAAUUUACCCCCGGGCUCCUCCGUACUUCGCCUGACUGCUACCGAUAAAGAUGAAGGAGUAAAUUCGGAAAUCACUUUCUCCUUCACCGGUGUUACCCAGAAUGCCCGGCAGAUGUUCUCCCUGGAUCCAAACACAGGUGAAAUCAGAACCAAAAUUUCCCUGGAUUUUGAGGACACAAAAAAGUUUACAAUGGAUAUAGAGGCUAAGGAUGGGGGAGGUCUUUCCACACAGUGUAAAGUUGUCAUAGACAUACAAGACGAGAAUGACAACGCACCUGAAAUAAUAUUAACAUCUCUAGUCAGUUCUGUCCUGGAAGACUCCGAACCUGGCACAGUGAUUGCCCUCUUCAAAACACGUGACAUAGAUUCUGGGAGCAAUGGAGAAAUAUCUUGUUAUAUGCAAUCAUAUUCCAUUCCUUUCAGAAUAGAGUCCUCUUCCAAGAAUUACUACAAGCUACUGACAGACGGAGCCCUGGAUCGCGAGCAGACCCCAGAGUAUAAUAUCACAUUGACUGCCACAGACAAGGGAAACCCUCCUUUGUACACCAGCAAAACCUUCACCCUGCACGUAGCUGACGUCAAUGACAAUCCUCCGGUUUUCCUUCAACCUUCCUACGUUGUUUACGUCCCUGAGAACAACCCUUCUGGAGCCUCCAUCGCGAAGGUCUCAGCCUCUGACUCGGACCUGGAAGAGAAUGGCCGAGUGUCCUAUUCCAUCCUCGGCAGUGACUUGGCCCCUCUGCCUCUGUCCUCCUGCGUGUCUGUCAAUGGCCACAGCGGAGACAUCUUCGCUCAGCGCUCCUUCGACUACGAGCAGGUCCGAACCUUCGAACUGACGCUGCAGGCCUGUGACUCGGGCUCCCCAGCCCUUUGUGCCAACGUCACCCUGCGAGUGUUCAUCUUGGACCGCAAUGACAACGCCCCGAACAUCCUCUACCCCGCCCUGGGACCUGACAGAUCGGCCCUCUUCGACAUGGUUCCUCGAUCUGCAGAGCCAGGAUACUUGGUCAGCAAGGUGGUGGCAGUGGACGCAGACUCUGGACACAACGCCUGGUUGGCCUACCGCGUGCUGCAGGCCACGGAUCCCGGGCUCUUCAGCCUGGGGCUGCGCACAGGCGAGAUCAGGACUGCGAGGGCUUUGACUGACCGAGAUGCAGCUCGGCACCGCCUUCUGGUCUCCGUGCAGGAUGGAGGCCAGCCCCCUCUGUCGGCCACUGUGGCUCUGCAUCUAGUCUUUGCAGACAGUCUGCAGGAGGCGUUGCCUGAGAUGAAGGAGGAGGGCUCGGAAAAUCUACCCACGCAAUGGAAAGUUAACUUUUUUCUAGUCAUUGCAUUGGCUUUAGUAUCUUUUGUAUUCCUCUUGACCGCAGUGUUUGCGGUUGUUUUUAAGUGCCGAAAACCCAAACAGCAUUUAGUAUUGGAUUCUCUUCCCACUGAUCUUUAUUCUAGCCUGGGUCCCAGAGUCACUAGUAAAUGCAUCAAUGGGACGUUGCCCUUGCCAUAUUCCUACGAGGUGUGCCUUACUUCGGAUCCAGGACAGAGCGAAUUCACUUUUCUGAAAACGGACCCAACAGACUUGAAGGGUAACCUGGCUGCUGAAAUCAACUCCAAGGUUGGUGGUCUGCCAGAACUCAGGGACCAGAACUCUCCUUCUAAGGUGAGGUUCUUGUUUGUUCUAAGAUCAAACACAGGUCUUUGUAAUUGUUUUUCUCCACCACUGAGAAUUCUUACUGACUAA